UGAAGAGCACGGGGAAGAACAUGAAGAGCACAGGAAAGAACACACAAAGAAGAACAGGGUGAAGAACCAAUAACAAGAAGAAGAACAUGAAGAGCACUGGAAAGAACACACAAAGAAGAACACAAAGAACAGGGUGAAGAACCAAGAACAAGAAGAAGAACACAACAAGGAACAAGACAAAGAACAUCACAAAGAAGAACAUGAAGAACAUGGCAAAGAACACAAUGGAGAACUCAAAGAACUAGAAAAAGAACAAGAACACAACAAGGAACAAGUAGAAGAAGAACAUUGUGAAGGCGAACUUGAAGAACGUGUUAAAGAACCUGAAGAAGUAUGACAGAAGAACAAAGAAAAACUUGAAGAACACAGCAAGGAACAAGAGGAAGAACAUUGUGAAAAAGAACACCAGGAAGAACAAGAAGAAGAAGUAGAUAAAGAAGAACACAAAGAAUAGGGUGAAGAACCAAUAACAAGAAGAAGAACAUGAAGAGCACAGGAAAGAACACACAAAGAAGAACUUGAAGAACAAGGUGAAGAACCAAUAACAAGAAGAAGAACAUGAAGAGCACAGGAAAGAACACACAAAGAAGAACAGGGUGAAGAGCCAAUAACAAGAAGAAGAUCAUGAAGAGCAAGGGAAAGAACACACAAAGAAGAACAGGGUGAAGAACCAAUAACAAGAAGAAGAAUACAACAAGGAACAAGACAAAGAACAUCACAAAGAAGAACAUGAAGAACAAGGUGAAGAACCAAUAACAAGAAGAAGAACUUGAAGAGCACAGGAAAGAACACAUAAAGAAGAACAUGAAGAACAGGGUGAAGAACCAAUAACAAGAAGAAGAACAUGAAGAACAGGGUGAAGAACCAAUAACAAGAAGAAGAACACAACAAGGAACAAGACGAAGAACAUCACAAACAAGAACAUGAAGAACAAACUCAAAAGAACUAGAAAAAGAACAAGAAGAUCACAACAAGGAACAAGUAGAAGAAGAACAUUGUGAAGGCAAACUUGAAGAACAUGUUAAAGAACCUGAAGAAGUAUGACAUGAAGGACAGGGUGAAGAAGAACCAAGAAAAACUUGAAGAACACGGUACAGAACCAAGAAGAAGAAGAAGAGGAACACAGCAAGGAACAAGAGGAAGAACAUUGUGAAGAAGAACACCAGGAAGAAGAAACCAUGAGAAACAUAAUGAAGAAGAACAUCAUGGAGAUAGCGGUGAGAGGGGAGAACGAGGUGAAGAAGAAGAAGAGCAUGAAAGAGGACGUGGAUGAAGAAGCCGACAAAGCGUGUGCUCCAGCCUCCCAUCAGAGAAGAAAAGACGAGACACUUUUACGCGCGUCGUGUGGCUACUGGAUGCUGGCUGCUUGGAGAUGUUCCGUCUGCUGCAGUUCGGACUGCUGUCUGCCCUGACCAGCGCGCUCACGUCGGUGCUGUGCGCGCUCCUCCUGCUCGCCCUAACGCGCGUGCUGUGGAGCUUCCGCUGGAGGCUGACGAGGGACCCCGGCAGCAGCCUCCCCCUGCCGGAGGGCUCCAUGGGGUGGCCGCUGGUCGGAGAGACCCUCCACUGGCUCGUACAGGGUUCCAACUUCCACAUCUCUCGCAGGCAGCGCCAUGGCAACGUGUUUAAGACCCACCUCCUGGGCAAGCCCGUCAUCCGGGUGACGGGCGCCGAGAACAUCCGCAAGAUCCUGUUGGGGGAGCACAGCCUGGUGUGCACGCAGUGGCCGCAGAGCACGCGCAUCAUCCUGGGCCCCAACACGCUGGUCAACUCCAUCGGCGACGCCCACAAAAGGAAGCGGAAGGUCCUGGCCAAGGUGUUCAGCAGGGGUGCUCUGGAGUCCUACCUGCCCCGUCUGCAGGACGUGGUGCGCUGCGAGGUGGCCAAGUGGUGCUCGUGCGCGGACGCCAUGGAUGUUUACGGCGCGGCCAAGUUGCUGACGUUCCGCGUGGCCGUGCGAGUGCUGCUGGGUCUGCAGCUGGAGGAGGAGCGUGUGGUCUACCUGGGCCGCAUCUUUGAGCAGCUGAUGGACAACCUCUUCUCACUUCCUGUAGACGCUCCAUUCAGCGGCCUCCGCAAGGGGAUCAAAGCCAGAGAGAUCCUACACGCCAACAUGGAGAAGAUUAUCGAAGAGAAGAUGGAACGUCAGCAGGUGCAUGAUGACCAUCUGGACGCCUUCGACUAUAUGCUGGCCAGCGCUAAAGAACACGGCCAGGACUUCAGCAUCCAGGAGCUCAAGGAAACGGCUGUGGAAUUGAUCUUCGCCGCUCACUCCACCACUGCCAGCGCCUCCACCUCUCUGGUCCUGCAGCUCCUUCGCCACCCGGCUGUGGUUCGGCACCUCAAAGCUGAGCUGGACUCUGAGGGUCUUGCAGGUGCUGGUGGUUCAGACCCUGAUAGCAGUCCACUUGGGGCGCACCUGAGCUUGGAAAAGCUGAGCCGGCUCCGCUACUUGGAUUGUGUGAUCAAAGAGGUUCUGCGGUUUCUGCCACCAGUUUCUGGAGGAUACCGGACCGCCUUGCAGACAUUUGAAUUGGAUGGCUACCAGGUCCCCAAAGGCUGGAGCGUCAUGUACAGCAUCAGGGACACGCAUGAGACCGCCGCCGUCUUCCACAGUCCCCAACUCUUUGAUCCUGACCGCUUUGGCCCGGAUCGCGAGGAAAACCGCUCGUCCCGUUUCAGUUAUGUGCCGUUUGGCGGCGGCGUGCGGGGCUGCGUGGGUAAAGAACUGGCUCAGCUGGUUCUAAAGACUCUGGCUGUGGAGCUGGUGGGCACGUGCGAAUGGACCCUGGCCACCGAGGACUUCCCCAGGAUGCAGACGGUGCCCAUCGUGCAUCCUGUCAACGGACUCCACGUGCGCUUUUCUCACAGCAACCCGCUUUAAGACGCCGCCGGACCAAAAGACCGUUUGUUUGGUUCUGCUGACGGAAAGGUGUCGGGAGCACUUCAUCAUGAGGCAGGUUCUGUUUCCUAUGCACCUUUUAGGACCUUCUGGAACUUCUCAGGUGACACCCCCCCCGGUUCCUGUGUGAAAGGAGUCUUACUCAGGAACAUCUCAGUGUGAGAAGACCUGCAAGAACCUCUCAUGGUACUUCUGUGCACCAUGAGCUGGUGUGCCAGUAGGUACAUAGGCCAGGGGUGUCCAAAGUGCGAGGUGGGGGCCAUUUUCAGCCCGCAGCUUAUUUUAUUGGCCCUCGACUUAAUGUAAAAAAAAAUAUAUUAUUAGAUAUUACACUCAUUUGCUUUGUUAUCGGUAACACAAAUCUCAGUGUGAGAAGACCCGCAAGAACCCCUCAUGGGGCUUCUGUGCACCAUGAGCUGGUGUGCCAGUAAGUGCAUAGGCCAGUGGUGUCCAAAGUGCGGAAUGGGGGCCAUUUUCAGCCCGCAGCUUAUUUUAUUGGCCUUCGACUUAAUGUAAAAAAAAUAUAUAUAUAUUAUUAGAUAUUACACUCAUUUGCUUUGUUAUCGGUAACACAAAUCUCCGUGUGAG